GUUUCCACCUCCAUAACAGAAAAGAGUACAUCGCCCAUUUAGUUGGUUGCUACGUUUCGAGUCUCUUCCAAGGGCUUUUUUUUACGUGUGUAUGUGUGUGUGUGUCUUUUGAGUUUCGAUCGUUCGAAAGACAUUCACACGCAGAUUCGCCAUUCUCGUGCAUUUUCUCUCAAGUGUUUUGAUGAUUGUGCAACCUGGUAACGCAGAAACCAGCCUAGCAUCCAGCAGUCACCAACAUUUUUUGGCUUUCUCUUUUUGUUCCAUCGAAAUAUUCAAAAAAAACCUAAAAGGGCCAUACAACAGCCGUACAGUUCUCAGUGAUUAGACAAUUAUUAACCAUCUACCUAACGAACUCGUGUAAAACUCGUGUGUGUUGUAUUUGGUGUCGAGUGUGACGUCAGAAUUUUGUUUCCAGUGCAGGAAAGUUCUCUUUGACGAUCGACAACAGUGUUUUUCGAAGUGAGAAAAAAGAACCCAUCACUUUGUUUAUUGUGGCACUUGUGAAGCUUCUUGGCCGUGUGUAAUUCUUUUUGUUUCGCAUUCGAAAAAGAAGUAAAAACAGCCGAGUGAGGCAGCAAAACCUUGACGUCGUGUUUUGUUGUUUGGCAUCCGCGCGCGCGCGCCAUUUUCCUUUUUGACAACAACAACGCAGUGAGAGAGAGAACAUCCCUCCCCGACAACAACAACAACCCCUCCGUACAACAACCCACCCUUUAUACAGCAGUGUGUGUGUGUUUUACCAUUUGAUUUAUCCCCCAGUCCGAAAUGGGUGCUUUAUGGCCUCACGGUAGAGCCGCCAUUGUCCACUCGUUUGGAUUCCAACGCGCCAUAGGAUACAGAAUUAGAUAAUUUCAAGCCAUCGACUGGAAGGAAAAAGAAACAACACACAAGGUUUUUUUUUCUCGUUUUGUUUGCGCGGUUGAAGAUUCCAGUAGGGGAGAAGAAGGAGGCAAACAAAACGUAAAGGAACGAAAAGGAGUUACAGGAACGAAGAAGAAGAAGAAGAAAAUUCAAAACAUCCAAAAAGAAGAAGAAGAUGAAAAUAGUGAUGGCCGCACGGAUAUUCCGCUGCUGCUGCCUUUUGGCGUUGGUAACCGCCAUGAUGAUAAGUUGCUGGACGACAUCCAUGGCAACGGCCAGUCCCGCCGCCCGCAACGAAGCCUUUGGAGCCGGACCGGAUCUUUGCGUCGUGCAGACGCCUCUGGUGACCCGUCAUUUUCAGGCCUGGCGCCAGGCCGAGGAGGCCGUACCGACCCGAGGCUGUUCAAACCGGUCCGGUGUAGUUGCCACUCACGAGGUCCAUCUCAUCCGCCUGACGAAUGCCGCCAGUUCGGUGAUGCUGGAAGUGGACGGGUCGGACAAGCCGGCCAACACGCGCUUAGCUCUCAUUCUCGAUGCUGCUGACGCAAAUGUCAAAUGGACUGUCCGGCUAUUGGGAAGCGGAUUGGACCCGAGUUCGCAACAACACGCGAUUAUUGUGACUGGCAAUUCCGUGCUGGAUCUGUCGGAUUUGAAGGCCGGCGUCAUCAACCGUCCCAAGGAGGGCCGGAAUGCGUUGCUGCGCUUCGUCGAGCGCCGAUUCAAAACUCUUCACACGUUCAGUCAAGUGGACGCCGGCGGUGCCCAGCUUCGACUUCGUCUGACUCUGUCCGGCGCCGCCAACGGAACCAGCGCUUCUCCUCCGCCUUGCGACUACGAUACGGCCAACCCGAGUCCCGUCCUCCAGGCCAGGAGAAUGGAGCCGCAACCGGUCGAAGGCUGUUUUCACACGGAGCAGGCCGGCAUCUAUCCAAAGGACGUUCACGUGAUAGAUUUGGAUAACGGCCAGGCCGAAGACUCUAAGAAUAAGAAGAAUAACAACAACAACAUCAACGGGAGCAGCAGCGUCCACAUUCACUUAGCGGCCGGUGGAUGGGCGGACGAGGAGAUGAGUCAGCCGCGUGAUGUGGCCCUGGUUCUCAAAUCGUCCCAACCUGUCGUGUGGAUCGUCUCUUCCGCCCCCGUCCUGACGGGCUCGCUCCUGAUCCUGGCAGAGCACCAGGUGGAGAUUGGCGGACUUUCGGCCCGGCAACAGGCCGACGUGCGCAGCAACUGGAAUCUACCGUCAGAGUUCGCUCUUUUGAUCUUGACGGUGACGGCCGAUCUCAAUCCGCCCGUCUCCUAUGUCAAAGCGCCGCCGGCCACCAACAGCAUCGAGAUAGUCAUCGGCAAGAAGCAGCAGCAGCAACUCCGCCUUCUAUCGUCGAAUGCGGGCAAACCACCGCCACAACAACAAGUCGAGAGCCUCAGCGGAGCUGCCAGCCACAGUUCACCUUCUAUGGAGUUGGGCGUCCGCAGUUUGGAGCGCAGUGGCGGAGGCGGUGGCUACGGCCAGCAGCACACGCCCAAUCGAGGAACCGGAUCGCAACGGAGUGUGGCCUGGACUCUGCAGCAGUCGGUACGCGUUCAAUGCGGAUCGAAUUAUUUGACGGCCGCUCUGCCCAGGAACAUGGCCGAAGCGUUGGGCGUCAUCGGACUCUUUCUCAACGACCGCGGCUGUGCCGGCAAACGCAAUGCCACUCACUGGACGGUCAGGACCCACGUCACCUCCUGUGGCAGCACGUCGCGCAUCGACGGAAAACUGACCACCUACUCGAAUGCGGUUCAUAUCCAGUUGGGAGCCGCCCAGGCCCCACAGAACGACGACGAAGACUUUGAGGGCUCGGGACUGGACGGCUAUCCGUCGAGUGUUGCCCGACAGGUGGCCAUCCCCAUCCAGUGCCACUCUGAGCCCAAUUUCCCGAUUGGUUUUGGCGACAAGUUGGAUGACGACAACGUCAUGGACACCGAUGUCGAUUUGCCAGUGGGUCAGACGGAGCUUUACCAUAUGGAGAUCCAUCGCAACAAGGAGUGGACUAUUCCGGUUGUCACCGGCGCCAUGAAUGAGGCCAGCAAGGCCGAAGUGGUUUUUGACGAAACCCUGCACGUCCGCACUUGGAUCGACGGAGUGUCUUACAUCCAGAUCGUGACGGAAAAGUGCUGGGUGUCGAACAGCUCGGACAGCGAGAGACCACCGCGAUUGAUUCUCAUCCGCAACACUUGUCCCGCCGACCUGUCCGUCCAAAUGCGGCAGGUCGAUCGCGCCGACUCGGACGGAGGUUUCAGUUUCCACGUUUCCAAGGACUACGCCGAUUUGGGCCAACUCUACAUUCACUGCAAAUUGGGUCUGUGCUCGAACCAGCCCAGCAAAGUUCAAGGCAACUUGAAAAUGUGCAUAGAUCCCUCUCAAUACUGCAGCGGCCGGCACGUACUCAAGCCUUUCCUUGACGAAUCGGUUUCGACGGCGCAGCAAAUUCUGGUUCGAGGACCUCUGCGGAUGGUGGCCAAGGCCACUUUUUCCCUACAGAACAAAAUCAACACGGCUGGAGAGACGACGACAUCACCCGGUUCCCUCCUGACUGGCAACGGGCAGCCCGGCAGCCAGCAAGUCAUUCUCGUUGGUGUUUCCACCGAGGUAACGGUGGGAAUCGCCCUGGCCUCGUUUGUCAUCGGAGUCGCACUGACUGCCAUUCUCUGGUGCAUCCACAUGAGGACAGAUCCGUAUAGGCGAGUCAUGAACCGGAAGACUCGGUCGAGCCGAAGUAACAACCGUUGCCAGGCGAUUGGAGUCAAGUGUUCGCCCAUGAUUCGCCCGCGCUCCGGCGUUGACCACCACCGGACGUCGAUGCAGCAGGUUUCGGGAGCCGUCCAACAGCAGCAGCAGCAGUUGGUUGCGACGUCGGCGGCGGCCCAGCCGCCCGAUCAGACGGCCAUGCAGACGGGGGACAAGGAGCCUCAGCACCAGUUCACUUACGACUAUGACGUUUCGUCGUCCCAGUCCAACAGCAGCGGCAGUCAGUGCAGUCGCGAGGAUUCGUCGCCGACGCCCAACUCGCAGACGCCCAUGAACGUGACGUCGGUCCGUUGAGUUCGUCGUUGACUGUCCCGGGACAUUUGGAUUCAUCCGCAUCCCAGCACCAGCGUUUGCGGAGGACGAGGAAAUCUUUUUUGGUUUGCAGUUAGGAGAAAAGAUUUCCCUUUCUCACCGGGUUCAACUCUGCCACACACACAUACACACACACCGUUCUCAGGGCCUGUUUCCUCCAUCCUUUUUAUGCAGCCGUUUCUCUCUCUGUCUCUCUCUCGAAAUACCUCUCCUACCGCUCCUCCGAUCCCUAUGAACUCGCUAGUUUACAAAGGUACAUAUUAUUAUUAUAUAAUCAUUCAUUCAUUAUAUCUGAAAUAUUUCGUGACGUUUGCUCGGCUCUUUGCGUGCGCGCCCUCCGAUCCCGUCUACCUCCGAUUGCACUCCAUCGUCGACUGGUGUCAAACAAACUGAAAUUUCACACACACACCUUCCUCCACAUCCACCACCACCACCUUCUCUCUUAAGCUAUAGAUACUCCUCUCGCUCAGCACCUCAUCCGUUAAUUAUUUACCAUUUUCCCUGAUUAUUCAUUAAUGCCGUUACAUUUGAUUGAGAGGAUCUUAAGUCUGUAGUUACUAAAUGAUCACCGCAGCUCGUAACUACCUCUCUGCCCCCCCACUACGGUCAAGCGCAUCAAAACUCGUGACCUUCCCAUCAUUCCGGUCAGACGUUUUAUUUAUUUAAAAUAUUUUUUUCCGCCCCUCCCAACAUGCUCGACCGAUUUUGGCCUAUCAAACAAACAACCUCGCAAACAACAAAAAAGAAGAUUAUUAAUAACAAACGAAAAGCGACAGACAAAAUAUUUGAAAUCAAAUCCUCAUGCUGGACUCUUUCAUCUCAGGAAGAACAGGAAUCCCUUCAUAAUUUACAAAAUUGUCGGUGUUCAAGCUCUUAAAUUAGACCCAGCUCUCCUCUCCAUGUUCCCCCAUCACCACCCAUUUUUUUUCUACAUUCAACCCCUUUAUUCAUUACGGGUGAAAUCAUCAACUCAUAGAAUAGGACCCACACCAUCAAAUGGAAACGACGAUCUUUAAAAAAACAAAAUUAUUUUCAUGCCGUUUAAAUUGUUGAUCUCUCCUCACAGAGUGGCAGAUCGAUCAAAUCUAGGUUAAAACUUUUUCUCUUUUCUUCUUCUCAAUCAAGUUCCUGUUUUCUCUGUCGCCUUUUUUGGCUUUUUUUCCCCUCAUCAUCGUCGCGUUGAAUGAGCGAAUCCCUUUUUUUUGUGAGAAAUCAUUUCGAAGAUGUUGUAGUUGGCGACAAGCGGCGCUUUUGGGUUUUGUGCCUCUUGUAGAGAAAAUUCGUCGUGUGGCUUUGACAUUUUUGUUUAUUUUUUUUUCUCCUGCGCGUGUGCGGAUGCCAUUUUUUGAUUUCGUAUUUUUAAGAGAGACGGGUUUGAAUCAGUACAAAAAAAACAGACAUGCAAACAAAAUAUUCGAUGACAAGCGCGUACAAAAAUAUUUUGCAAAGAUGAAGAAGAAGAAAAAAUGUGAGAAACAUUUGUUUUUUGUUACGUCUUGUUUGUCGGGUUCUGUUGUUUGUUGUUUGUCGUUGAGUACCUGUACAGUUUAUAUUCGUCGAGUUUGCUUGUGUGAAAUCGCUGGGAGGUGAACGAGUUUGAUUGCGAUGGAUGAAUGACGAUUGCUGGUUUGUUUGUUCUUUUCCUUUUUUUUUCCACCCAUCUUUCGAUUUGCCUCGCUUAAUUCGUCGACGAUGCCAUUCGCUCGUGUAAACAGGGUAGAAAGACUCUACAAAUUUCGUUGCGUGUGUGUCUCUGCGUGUGUGUUUGGAUUGGGAUUCUCAUUCGGGGUCCGCCUGGCGGAAAUCCCCCGCCGAUGGAAUGAAUCAACAAGGAACGACUUUAUUCUAUUGUAUUCCGGCCCCAGCUGUAAAUCAUAUUCGCUUCUCUCCAUCCUCUUUUUUCUUUUUCUUUGAAUUCUAUUCAGGAUCGAAGGCAACAACAAAAACAAACUUUUGGAAGAGUGGCGUCAUUCACGUAAAAUGAAUGACAAUCUCUAGAGAAAUGCGACCGUUUUUUUUUGUCUUUUUCUCUUUGUCCGUGAACGUAUUUAUCCGUUAAAUAUUCUGAUUAAUUAUCGUUCGUUUCUUUCAAUUUCUUUUCCCCGCUGGGAGGGAGAAUAAUACCGCCCCUCGUUUUCGAUGACCAGAAAAAUCAAACAUUGCGCUACGAAUCAUUUUGACAUAAAACUAAAAGUACAACACAAGGAUGCAUAUAUUAUAUAUAGAUUUAUGUCUUUUUAGAGAUGAAUGGCAGACACAAAUUUUUUGGUAAAACUAUUGUAAAUUUUUUUUCUUAAAAAAAGAAGAAAAUGAAGAAAAUUUCUUUUAUUCUUUUUUUGGAAAAAGAUUUACUGCCGUCCAGGCCUCUGUCCAGCUCAAUUGGAAACGUUCUCGGGCCUAUUUUAUACAUGAAGAAUAUAUACAUAUACACAUCCUGCUACUUCUAGAAAGUACCUUAUAAAAAAGAAAACUACUUUUUUUUCUCUCUCUCUUCUCUUUUUUCUCUGUCACACAAUCUCCCUCUCAGCUUCGCUUGCCCAUCGACUCCAUUCAUAUAAUAUAUACUACUAUAUACUGUAAGUAAAGUACAUAGACACAUCCAUCAAUAGAUUAGAAUUCUUGUGUGUAUACUGUCACAAGAAGAAGAAUAAGGAGAACCGUCGCCGUUCUUCCUCCUGAAUGUUCCUUGCUCCGUAGCUCUUUUUUUCUCUCGGAUGACCGCCGUUUCGUCUGUUUUUUCUCAUUUUUCAACCCCCGUGGCCGAGUGAGCCACUCCCUUUUCCAUCCGCCACGUACUACUGCUCCCCAACGUUAUGGCAACUUUUUUUUUUUUUUUUUAAUAUUUAGUUAUUUAGUUUUUCUUUUAUCUUUUCUGGGGACCCUUCCAAUUUUGACAAAUAGAUUUUUUUUUCCCUUUUUUUCUGGGCUUUCCCUCACUGGCAAGUCCCGAAGGAAAAGACAGAAAAGUUGCACGGAGGAUACGAACGACGUCAAAUGUCUCCUCCACCGACGCUUCGCUCUCGACGUCGAUGAUGAUGGCCCUAGAGAAUUUUUCACCAGCCCGUGCCAGACACACAUUCACUCUCUCUCUGUGGGUGUGUGGGGGUCUAAAAAAAAGGAAAACUAUUCAAUCCCGUCUCUGUCUCUCAACUUUUUUCUUUUUUUUUUCUCCCCGUUAUCUCUCCCUGCCCAUGCAGCCCGAGACUCUUCAAUAUUUUUUUCUUCUUCUUCUUUCCCCUAUUGUCUAUUUCAUCAAAAUAAAUUCUUCCCAAUUGGAUGGAGAAGCGGACAAGGGCCUCUCCCAUGAGUUUUCGCGUUUCUUUCUUUUUUUAUUAUUAUUAUUAUUACCGUUGUGGGUUGAUUGAAAUAUGGGAAUGAAACUGUGUCUACCUCAAUAACGUCGCAUUGAUCAUAUUUGUUUAAAAAAUUUCAAAAAGACAAAAAAAAAAAAAAGUACCCAUUUUUUUUCCUUCUUCAUUAGCUUAAACUGUGGGUUAAGUUCGAGACAUAACAAAAGAGGAGGACAAAUAAAAGUUCACUCGAAGAUUUCGCAAAGUCUUUAAAGGGAACUGUUUUUUCUUUGAUUUAUUUCUCGGAUCUUUUAGUGGUUGGCAAAGUUUCUUUUUUCUACCGUCUUCUCCUUUUUCUCACGUUGAUUUCUUCAAUGUAAACUCUUUUCUCUCUUUAUCUUUUCUCGUGAAAUAAGAACGAAAAACAAACAAAACAAAACAAAUCUAACCCAUAUGCUUAAAGUACCUCAACGUUCGUUUGGUCUUAUAUAUUCCCUCUCGGCAUGAAAUAAUAAUACCGCGUAGUACAAUAAGAUUGUUUCUUUCUUUCUUUUUGUUUUUUUGUUUUCGCGUUUCAGUCGAUCGUUUAUAUAUUUUCGCAUCGUCUUACAUGAGAGAUAAAGAUAAGAAGAUUUAUUGCACCGUCGUAAAAUAUCGUCGCGUAUCGGAGUAGAAAUAGAAGCGAUUAGUUUAGAUGAUUAGGAAUUUCGCGGAGCGUCCGAUUACAGAACCCUCAUCUGUUUAACCUGUUUUUUCGUUUAUAUAUCUCGGUCGAUUGUCUUUUUUUUUUAAAAUUCGCCUCGGAGCGGAAAUCCAUCUCAUUUAUCGUUUCCUCUUCUUAAAUGGCGUAAAAAGAAAAAGAAAAACAACAGAAAUCCGCAUCGCCGUAUAUUAAAAAAGCGUCUAUAUAUGAAAUAUUAUUAUUAUUACACAACACAGAAACCAAUCUACCUUACCUACCCUCCUCUCUCAUCCUAUUUUUCUAUACUAAUUGAUUGCAACGCAUCACAUACGGGUCCUUUUUCGAAAACAAAAAUAGUAACAGCAAUCAAGACGUGAAACUUUUUUUCUUUUCUAUUAUUAUUAUUUUUGGUCCAGUCUCUGGAUGAACGUAUUACAAACAAAAUAUUUAUCACAUCCCUUCUCCCGCAAAUGAAGUUUGCAUUUUUUUUAGAACGUAUAGAGCUCCUUAAUCACUUAUCUGUUUGGGGAAACGAAAUUUUUUUUUUACUUCAAAAAUUUACAAUCCGAGUUCAGCAUCACCCCGCCAAAACAAUUUGAAAAAUCUCUCUCUACUCUCCGCCACCCUUCGAGUCCACAACUCUCUCCUUCCAUUGAGCGCGCGCGCAUCUCCCACACACACAUUUCACACGUACUACGCAAAACAAAUGAAAAAGCAAGCAAAGGAAAUUCAUUUUCGAUCCCCACACCCCCCGCCCCCCAACGUGUCGAGUUUCUUUCAAAAAUCUUCUAACCGUAUGUCAUAGUAAUAAAAUAAUAAGUGUUUGUGUGCGUCUCUGUGUGGUCCUCAAAUUGUGUCGUUUCUUUUCCAUCCCCAUUCUCCCCCGAUAAAACAAACAAAUCCUAUCGAGAAACAAAAACAAAAAAAAACUGAAAAACCACACCCACUUGGAAAGUUAAAAAGAAAAAAAAAAAGAAAAUUUUGUAUUGAUGUCAUGCCUCUCUUUUUCUCCGGAACCUGAAAUUCGAAAUGGAUUAAAAAAAAAAAACAAAAAUUCAAAUAUUUUUUGCUUAGAUAUCGUAGAGCCUAUGCUCCACCAAUCCCAAUACAUGUAUAUUAUCUCUGGCAUCAGUCAUCAACCGCAAAAAAAAUCUCUUUCAAGAAAACAAAAAGAAAAUCAUUACUACAAAUUCGCAAACGAAAUUUAAAAAAAAAAAAACAUAAAAUAAUUAAAGAGAUGAUGACGAUGAUUUCGAUCUUUAUACAUUUUUGCAGUCGGUGAGGCCUAUAUACAUGCAGUACAAAUAAAAAUACACUAUAUCUUCGUAUUCGGAA